AUGCGAAACGACAGUUUCACGCGAAACGAAACACUAUCCUACGAGGCACAAGCGCUGCAAGAAAUUCUAAAGAUAAACGAAUUAAUGAGACUGGUUCACCUGAACGAAGAGUUCCAAGGUGACGAGAAACCUUCGCCGAGGAAUUACAAAAGCUCGGAGGAUGAAGGUAAUUCAUCUCCAGAUGCACGCGAGAUACAUUUUCGUGUGACGUCGAGGAACAUUUCGUCACCGAAGGGGAGAGACAUAUCUUCCAGCACAACUUCGAAAAACGCGGAAUCUGAGUCCGUCGACUCUUCAGGGAAAGAGAGAACGCCUACUUUAACUAAAAACGAUCAAUCUGUCAAGGUGGAUGAAUUGGAUGUUCUUCAUUCAACGAUGAAGGAAAAUUGUGCCAGGUCGAAUGUAAAGGAAGAAAAUCGGAGGAGAGUAAGAGAAGUGGAGGACAGAUCGAUCGGCGAUGCUCUGUUUAGCUGUCCCUUCGAAUUAGUGGAGAUUUACUCGAAUAAGAUGGGGAAGAAGAGUGAAAAUGAUUUAGAUUUGGCAUUUGACGUAAAUCGGCAAACGUGCUCGAUGAGAGCUUUCCCAAAGGAGGCUGGCAAACAGUGCCAAAUCGAAAAGUGCCAGCUUUCAGCGUCGAAGAUAAAGUCGAAUAAGUUGAAAGGAGAAACGUGCACGGAUAAAGUCGACGAGCAUGAUGAUUUGCAGAAAGAAUGUGAAGAAGAAAAUUGUCAAAAUUGUAGUGAAACUGUCGAGGAAAAAUUCGCUCUAAAUAAUAGCGUAAUUAAUGAAGAUCUUUACACGAAGAGCAACGAAGAUUCACAAACGAAGCGUAAAGAAGAGAACGAAGAUUUUCAAGAACCGCAACAUGUUCUCGAGAAUGAUACAUCAGAAGCUACUGUCGUCAAAUUAAACAUUCAAGAUCGAGAAAAUUCUAUCAUCGACUCGAGACUCGAAAAUGAAACGACGCGAAUAAAUAAGCAACAUCCACUGGACGAAAGUUUCGCGUCCACGUCGGAAGGAGCUGGAGCCAAUCAGGAUGUAAAUUUGAUAACAAUUUUCGAGGCAACCUUGGGGAAACCUUGCGUGGAAAAGGCAGACGAAGAAAAUGAUUUAAAUAAGUGUACAAAUGUGAAACAGACGAAUCAUUCGUCCACCUUCGAGAAUAAUGUCAAAUUACGAGAGUCGUGUGUGAAAAGCGAUGUUAUCGAAGACGCGCGUUCUUUAGAACGUAGCGAAGGCAACGUGAUUUCACGAAAUGAGGAGAAGGAAGAUGUUCCAACAAUUAAAGGACAAACUGACGAACUGAGAUCUGCAAAUGUCUCGUCGAUUCCCCGCUCUUUGAAAAGAGUGGCAAAAAAUCACGAUUUAUUUGUUAAGGAGAAGCCUUCGAAAUCCUUAAAAUCCAGCGAAUCAGUAAUUAGCGCAAUAAUAAGAAUUGAAGAAGAAGCUUCCGAGGAGAAUCUUCGACGGGACGUUGUAUCAAUCGACAACCUGAAUGCCAGUGAAAAUACAGAUUGUUCGAAAUGUCACAAGCUCGCGAACAAAGUGGAAGAGAACGUUUCAUCCACGUUUAAAGAAGAAAACGGUCAGCGUGUCAAAAUGAAAUGUCAGAGAGUGUGUGGUUUAAACGCUGAAACGCGUGAGAUUAACGCGUUUGGCAGCAAUUCGUUGAAACGAAAAGCAGAAGGGGCCUUCACGUUUAAAGGAGGACAUCGGAAUACAGAAACGAAAUGUCAGAAAAUGAGCGUUGAUCCCCGUAAAUUAACAAUUGAUGGCAAUUUGUUUGAACAGUGUUCGGUUAAUUCGAACGAAAGAAAGCUAACGGAGCACAGUGAGUUUGACGAUCUUAAAGAUUCGAGAAGUAAUUUGUCAUCGUCGUUGGAAGACGUUAAUCGCCAAGAGGAAGAUUUAUCGAAAGGAAACAAAAUCAACAUAAUUAUCGAGAAACGACAGAGUAAGGGAAAUAGUGUUGUUAAUAAGGAUGUAAUUGGCGACAAUAAAAAUUUGCUGUGCAACAAAGAUAUUCGAUCGUCGGUGAUUAAAAAUGAGAGGACAGAGGAACGGGAUUCUGAUGAUUUUUACAAGGAAGCCAAGUACGAAACAGCCACGCGAGAAUCGAGAAGAAUUGGUAUUAAUUACGAGAGCUUGAACGUGUGUAAAGUGUUGACGAAGAUUCACGAGCGAUUGACGAUCGAUUGGCAACGAAUGGAACAACUUCGGACGAAAUUGCAAAUCCCAGUUUCUGCGGAGCUUGCGAAUCCGAUAAUAAUGUUGCAGUUACUGGAUAAAACUAUAGCUAGGUGCAAGAGUUAUAUCCACCGUUCAAACAACAGCCACGAAACUGAACUGGAGAUGGCUAAACUCUUGUCAAAGCAUGUUAUUGAAUUGGUAGAAGUCGUGAAAGUUAACAGAAAAUGUUUGGAGGGCCAAGAACGACGUGUCAAUCAAAUGCAAUCCGAGUUGGUUCAAGGGCAUUAUAAAAAAAGGACCGUAUUGAAUGAAAUAAUUAUCACUUCAAACUACUGGGCGAACGAAGUAUUUCGCUUGAUCAAAAAUAUUUCCUGCCUGGUGAAACGCAUUGUGGCCGAGAACGAAGAGAAAGAAAAUGUUAGAAAUUUAAGAAGUUGUAAAACUCAGCGACGUAUACCAAACAGUUUCUUUAUCAACGAUGCCAAACAGAAAGUUGGGAUCGUUCGAUCGAAAAAUACAAAGUCAGUGCUUGUGAAGAAGGAAAGUACCGUCGAGACUCAAAUGUCGGCUGAUUCGAACGCCACGAAAGUCUUAAACUCUGCGAGGUACACGGAAAAGGAGAAGCGUCUGGACGACGUUACAGAUAAAAGAACAGCCGACAAUUGUCAUCAUCUAGAAAGAGUGAAACCGGCGAAGAGAAUAAUGUACACGAGUUCCAAUCAAUCGAAACAAACGAUGUCUCGCCAGAAAUACCGUGCUUCCAGUAAUCAACCGGUUUGGAGGCCAGGAGGCGCAGCGAAAAUCCCUACUUUUAACAGCGUGACGACCUUGGUCCAAAAAACUCGCCCAGCGGCGCAUAACAGAGAAAGGACGAAUCUCGAAAACGCAAGGUGCGGAAAAUAUUCAUUGCAAUGCAAUGGAAUUGAGGAGAAGCAUGAACGAACGGCGAGCGAAUUUAAGAAGAAGCCUACCACGGAGGUACACUCGUGCAGAGAUGACCCCAAAUUGAACGUUGACAAUUCCAAGGUCGCAGGCGAACGAAGCGACGUAAGCUUGACCAUCAGUCCCAGAGCGAAACCGAGAUCGAGAAUAUCGCGGCCACUGUCGAAGAAUUUCAACGAAUCGGAGAGACCUUUCACAUGCGUGAAGAACUACGCUCGCGACACGUUUCACGAGAAAGUCACGAUCGAGUCGAAAGCUCUACGAGCGCUCGAGGAGAUGAUAAAAACCGCAGAGAACAACGAGGUGAAAAAUGUUGGAAACGCGACGCGCUGUUCGUUUCAGAAUCGGCUUGCAAACGAAACGUGUCCUGCUGAUCCGAGAAAGACAGGCGAGUCAACUGCAGUUGACGAAGAGAUGAAAGUGAACGAUGAGGAGCCAACGAGGGACAUCGAUUCCGAGCAAUGCAAAAAGAGUCAAUUGAACGAAAGAUUUCAGGGAAAUCUUCCAGAAAAGGGAGAGCAUUCUUUGAUACCGAUCGCGCCGAAUAGUUUGACGCCAGUUCCAAGCACUGAGAAAGACACUGAAAACGUUGGAACGAAUGAAAAUUUCAGACACAUCCCGUCAGAGGAUUUAAUUAAACCAAAUGUCUCUUUGGAAGCUGCUACGAGUUGCAGAAUUUUGGAUUUUAAUACAAUGUCAGUCGAGACUGACGAAGUAGAAGCUUGGCGAUCAUCUGAAUGCAAAGAUGAGAAAUCCAAUGAAAUGAAGGAUUCUUCUUUCCCUGGUGACAAUGAGAAACAACAAAGGUACGACAAUCUGUCGAUCGUUAAACCAGAGAAGGCAAGAAUGAAUUCUCACGGAGUAUCGUUGAGUAUGUUGAAGAGAUUUCUUUACGAUCAGGGUAUCGACGUUGAUCUGGUGAGCAAAGCCGAAAGAUAUCUAAAGGACAAGCGGAAAGCACGUAAAGGCUUGAGAAAGAAGUCCAUCAGCAUCGCCGACGUGUCUUCUUGCGUGGGACACGAUCGACGUUUCGAGAAAAAGACGGUUCUGAGAAAGGAGCAUUCCUGGGCAGAGGAAUUGGAAAAAGACAUAAAGAAAUAUGUUAAAAAAAGAGACGAUAGAAAAUGGAUUGAAAAUGAUGUUGAGAAAAAUAUUGACAAGUAUACUGGAAACGAUACGAAAGCAGAUGUCGAGAGGUCUAGAGGUGAGAUCCCAUUUGUAAAAACGAGAGACGUGACAACUUGCACAAUUAAGAACAGUAACGACGCUUGCACUCAGACAGUUCCCUGUCGUACGGCAUCCAAGUGUUCGCAGACUGUUUUCAAGAACGAUGGCUCAACUACAGAGGAGACGCAAACGAUAGCGAAACGAAGAAACGCGUGCACGAUGACGGAGUCGCUCCCCAUUGGCGACAAUUCCGCAGAAACGGCAAAAAUCUGUUGCGAGUCUGCGAUCACUGAACGACUCGGCGACGAUUCCAGAAAUAUUUCUACAGGCAUUAAAAGAUGGAUGAUAAUCAGCGAGAACGAGAGCGAAGAUUCAAAAUUGAAAAUUCGAAGAGAUCCAAAGGGUUCAGAACCGCGUGGACGUUUUCGCGAAGAUUCCACGAACAAAAUUGACAAAACUUCGUCGAGAGAGUGUUCCCUAGUGUUUCAAACAUUAUUGCGCCAAACGGAGGAAGAGCACGAGGAGUCGAAUUCGUCCACGACGCGGAGGAGUUCGUCCUCCGAAUCGUCGAAGAGACACGAUCUCGAUGAGAAUGCAAGCGAAGAGGAGGAUCGUUCGCCCGUUAGAAUAGUUUCCAGCGGGAUCGUAGCCGCUGUUCAAGUAGCCGCCAUCAGAGCUCGGAACGUGUACAGAGCCUUCGACAUCCACAAACGGAUAUUAAGAAGCAACCGGAAGAAACUGAGGAGAGAGUCGAGGCAGAGAAUGAAGCUUCGCGAAGAAGAACACGCGUCGAGAGGCGUUAAUUUUGAAAAGCGAGCCGCUCGAAGAGGGAACGACAGUAAAAUGACGAUCGUCGAAGUGUUGAAGAACCUCGAACGAGCGGAAAUCACGUCACGGAAAGAAUUUUUCGACGAUUCUCGCAACGAAUCUGAUCACUUCGAGGACGAUCUUGAUCUCGUGGAUACUCCGUCGACGAGUGCUUCCUCCAGUCGGAUUAGUUUCAAAUCGAUCGACUUGGACAUACCGAGAAGAUCGUCCAGCAGCGUGGUUUUGAGAAACGUGAGGUCCUUGAUGGAUCUUUUGCUGAGCGAGACCGACGACGUGACGUUGGAAAGGAUCGAGCGUCGCGUCGCGAAACGAUCGAGCACGCGCGAGACGAAAUUUUCUGGUACUGUGAGAAUGGAAGUCGCGAACGUGAACGGAUUUCUAUUCUUCUCCAGGGAGAAUUUAUUGCUGCUGGUGUAUGGUAUGCUGUGCUCCGUCGUUUUCUGGUGUUUGAACUUCACGAUCACCUGCGACGUUGCCUUAUGACUCGUGACAUCCUUGUGCGUUUCAUACUGUUUUUCCUUCCUGUUCGUGUUUGUACGUGUUGCGUUGUUGGGUUUCUUCUCUUUGUACUCUGAGUUUAGUUUUAAACGUGUACAACGUGUUCUUGAUAUUCGCGAGGGAUUUGCACUUUGUAUGUUUAGUGUACCGUGUAAAUUUGAGUAAAAUGAUUUUAUUAAUCAAUGAAGAGAGUUGGAUUAAAUGUACAUUUAAGUGGACAGCUGUUCAACUUUGUAUGCCAAUUAAGUCCAUUGGGAUUAAACAUAUAUUCUGCAUAUUACAUUCUUCAAUAAUAGAAAAGAUAUUUUUAAACAUG